AUGGACAGCAGCCACGCCGCCCUGACCUUCCUCACAGCUUUCCACAAUCUGCAGGAGUUGAGGCACAGUGCAUCUCUUGCUAAUAAAGUCUUCAUCCAGAGAGACUACAGCGAAGGGACCACCUGCCGGUUUCAGACCAAGUUCCCCUCUGAGCUGGAGAGUAGGAUUGAGCGGACACUGUUUGAGGACACUGUGAAGACGCUGAACAACUACUAUGCACAGGCAGAAAAGAUAGGAGGCCAGUCCUACCUGGAGGGGUGUCUGGCCUGCGCUACAGCGUAUCUUAUUUUCCUCUGCAUGGAGACGCGUUAUGAGAAGGUGUUGAAGAAGAUAGCCAAGUACAUUCAGGAGCAGAAUGAGAAGAUCUAUGCUCCCAGAGGGCUGCUCAUCACUGAUCCCAUAGAAAGGGGAAUGCGUGUCAUAGAGAUUUCCAUCUAUGAAGACCGGGGCUCCAGUGGCUCCAGCUCGGGGAGCAGCUCUGUGUCCGGCAGUACCGCUCGAUGACUGGGUACUUCCUAACAACCACGUCCCCCCUGAUCACUCGCAACCCUGCGGGAGAACUGAGGACAAUGAUGCUUCCCCUGUUCCAACACUUAGCACAUACAUCCCAAAGCUACGCUCACACAAAGGAUUCACUUGCUUUUGACAAAGAAAGUCAUGCUGCGCGUGACAUGCCAUCCCGGUGUUCAUGCUUAUAAAAUGUGCUGCAGGAAUCUUUUGUAAAGGAACAAGCAUGCGCCGACACAGUCAUGUUACCGUACGAUCCGGUGUCUCCAUUUCUCAGUGUGUCACUCUUAUUUUAGCUAGUAAUACUUUGUGUGUUUGUACCAUUACAUUACCUCAGCUUUGUGAAAUUCUGUGGAGUUGAGAAAAAGAUGAGAGAAAAAGAGGGAGGAACAAAAUGUUGAUGCACGAGUGAAGACCACAAGCCUCACCAAACCUCAGCCGCACCACACGGUCCAGAUCAGCCCCAGCCACACUGCACCGGACCGUGGUAGACUGAACUCUACCGUCAUCCCUGAACACCACACACUGGCAUUAAAACAGGUUAUCUGUAGCUCUAGCGGAGUUUCCAGAGUUUGGCAAAUCUGCGUAGGAUGUACAAUUAUUUGAAGGCAUUGCAAACUUUCACCCACCAAGAUAAACUGUACAAAGAACCUCAUUUACCUCUGAUGUAAACCAUGCUGUUUGGUAGCAGUUGAAUGUCAUUUAGCCCAUCCAUGUAUAA